GGCUUCAGCACGGACCUCACUUGUUGAGUGAUCUCUAGGAGGACAGUCUAACGCGAACCUGACACACCUAAACACUCCAUUCGAUCGGCAAAUGACGCCGGCAGUGAUGAAAGGAUUUGCGCUCUUCAUCUGCGUCUUCUGCACAGUUGUUCAGUCCAUCACGUGCGAGGCGAACAGGAGAGACGCGCGCAAGAAGCACGAAAACGACGCGGCGCACCACAGCUCUGCCAUAACAACAGGAGCGUGGAAUCAGGAGAAACCAAAGAGGCUCUUUGCCAGGACUCGCUAUCUGUCUCAGCAGAGACAUCACGUGGUGAGACCUAAGCCCAGGCCUGAGGCGCUUUCUCCAGCCCAGACUCCAGCGCGGCGCUGCGCCGGUCUGAUGGAGAGCUGCUCCUCGCUCACUCCCUGCUGUGACCCAUGUGCUUCCUGCCACUGUCGGCUCUUCAACACCAUCUGUCACUGCUGGAGACUCGGACACCUCUGCCCCAAGAAAACCUAAUGACCCCAAACGCACAUGUGCACAUUGGACAGCAAAUAUUGUUUAUCAGCCAACAAGAAAGUCAUAAAAAGUCAUUUAUUAAUUUAAUCUGAUAGUAUCUUGUACCCAGCUUUCAAUAAUUUACCAUACAAAACCAUUUUUGGUCGUUUUUUGAUGAUGACACAUCUGUCUAAUUUGACUAACUUCAACCAAAACUAAUUUGGGCCAAAAACGUGUAGAGUUCAGUUACGUCCUUUGGUGUAAAAAGAAUGUGCCAUAAUGUUGACAACCACAUAAAUGACUUUGACUCGUC